AAUUGGUUUCGAAUUAUUAUUUAGAUUGGAUACGUUUGAAAAUGUUUUUGUCGAACAGCUCAUCUGUGACUAAGCCAUCAUGUAGAAUAAAUUAAGUUGUCAACAAGUUCUCGUGAACAAAGACAUGUGUCAACAUGCCACAAUGUGCAUGUUUUAGCUCAAAAAUAUCACUACUCAUCUACAAUAAUUACUAAUACAAAGGAAUGUAUUUGAUUAUUUUAUUGGGUUUCGUUUCACCUUGGGCUCUUAGAUACCAUAUCAAUCUUUUUAAGAUGAGUUUAUAACACGUCUUGUAGCUUCAUUCAUAAGGGGAAAUCUCAUUUGGGAUACACUAGAAUGAAAGAUGCAAUUCAGCAUUAGAAAACUUCACAAACCGCUAAGACGGUUGAAGUUAAAGACGUCUCGAAAACGGAAAGUCAUCAAUUGCCCCCUAUUUCGGGUGCAACGUUUGGAAUUACGCCUUUACUUUUCGAUUUAAAAUGCAGUAUAUAACCUUCAGACCUACUGUGAGUAGGAUAUCACUUACCAACAAACACAACUUGUAAAGGAUAAACAAUUCAGCGAGACAUCUUUCAGAAUGGACUUUCAUCGUGUGGCUUGGCUGUGCACCUUUUUCUGCUUUGCGCAGGUCUGGUCAUUGCCAACAAGAAACUGCAUCCUUCGGAAGGACUUGAUGAAGAAAACCUGUACAUUUAUAGAGACUGCGGGUGGCCUUUUCCCUUCGCAAUGCCUGGACGACCACGUUUCCAUAUCUUUCCCCCAAACUGUGUUUGAGUCCAGCAACACGCUUCAGGUUACUGGUGUUGAAAAGGCUGUUUACCAGACACUCCAGAAUAUUGACGCACUGUUUGAGGACCACACUGUUCCAGACCAGUGGGAUGAAGAAAAAAUGACUGACUUUCGAGGCAUCGUAUACCGGCAGAUUGAGGAGAGCAAAUGCAUCAUGAGCAAGUCUGAAGCGGAAGAGAAUUUUCCCAGCAGAGAAGCCUCUCUUAAGGUUUACUUCGAAGCUUUAUCCUCAACACUGAAAGAAAAGGAUUUCAGUUUCUGCGCAUGGGAAAUCGUGAGAAGUGAGAUUCUCCGCACCCUGAACUUCAUAUUGAAGCACAACUCUGACAUCAUGUAUGAAUCUCCACAGCUCUAGAUGCUUGUUUGCAUGCUUAUUUAUUUAUUUAUUUAUUUAUCUAUUUAUUUAUUUAUUUAUUUAUAUAUUUAUUUAUUGCCUUUGUGACUAUAGAGGUAACCGAAAUAACUGUCACUUUCACUUUUGAUUUGUUACAUCACCAUUUCCAUUCAGCACUGGACAGUUCACUUUUGAACACCUCUUUAUUUAUACAUUUAAAAUGUUGUAUUUUUGUAUGUUUUUUGUAAUUUCUUAAUAAAA